AUGGGAAAGGAUAAGACUUUGCCGUUGCUCGACCCUCGUGACCCGCCGGAACUUACCGAAACCAAGUCGGCGUCGAAAGUAUGGGCCAAAGAGUUCGGCCAAGAGUCAGGGCGGCUCUGGCAGCUAGCUGGACCGGCGAUCUUCACUGCCAUCAGUCAGUACUCUCUCGGCGCACUCACUCAGACUUUCUGCGGCCGUCUCGGCGAACUCGAUCUCGCCGCCGUCUCCGUCGAGAACUCCGUCAUCUCCGGUCUCGCCUUCGGUGUCAUGUUAGGGAUGGGGAGUGCGUUGGAGACAUUGUGCGGACAAGCAUUUGGAGCAGGACAAAUAAGGAUGCUUGGAAUAUACAUGCAACGUUCUUGGGUCAUUCUCUUUACCACUGCUUUAUGCAUACUUCCCAUCUACAUUUGGGCUCCUCCUAUACUUUCCUUCUUCGGCGAAGCUCCUCCCAUCUCUAAAGCCGCGGGGAGAUUCGCGUUGUGGAUGAUCCCGCAACUAUUUGCCUAUUCAGCCAACUUUCCUAUACAGAAAUUCUUGCAGUCACAGGGGAAAGUUCUUGUGAUGGCUUGGAUCUCAGGAGGGGUUCUUGUUUUACACGCAGUGUUUAGCUGGCUCUUCAUACUUUACUUUAACUGGGGACUUGUUGGUGCAGCCAUCACUCUCAACACCUCGUGGUGGCUUAUUGUUAUUGCUCAGCUUUUGUAUAUCUUGAUCACCAAGUCAGACGGUGCUUGGAGUGGGUUUUCUUGGCUUGCGUUUCAUGACCUCUACGGAUUUGUCAAACUGUCUUUAGCCUCUGCUGUUAUGCUCUGUUUGGAGUUCUGGUACUUGAUGGUUCUUGUCGUUAUCACGGGUCUCCUUCCUAAUCCGUUAAUACCAGUCGAUGCCAUUUCCAUUUGCAUGAACAUACAAGGUUGGACCGCAAUGAUUUCAGUCGGAUUUAACGCUGCGAUAAGCGUGAGGGUAUCGAAUGAGCUUGGUGCGGGAAAUGCAACUCUUGCGAAAUUCUCGGUGGUAGUUGUCUCCAUAACAUCAACUAUUAUCGGUGCGGUGUGCAUGAUUGUUGUCUUAGCCACAAAAGACGUCUUCCCUCAUCUUUUCACGUCUAGUGAAGCUGUGGCAGCGGAAACCACGAGAAUAGCAGUCUUGUUGGCCUUCACUGUCCUCUUGAACAGCCUCCAGCCCGUCUUGUCAGGUGUUGCGGUUGGAGCUGGGUGGCAGUCUUUGGUGGCUUACGUGAACAUUGCGUGUUAUUACAUUAUUGGACUUCCUGCUGGUCUUGUUCUUGGAUUCACACUAAACCUUGGUGUUCAGGGAAUAUGGGGAGGUAUGGUAGCUGGAAUCUGCUUACAGACACUUAUAUUGAUUGGAAUCAUCUACUUCACAAACUGGAAUAAAGAGGCUGAGCAAGCCGAGAGCCGCGUUCAGAGAUGGGGAGGAACGGUACGGGACUGA